AUGAUGGUCGUUCACACCACAGCGGAGGACGUGUACACCCGGAUGUGGUGUGUCCAUGAGGUCGACGAGGCGCUGGAGGCGGGCAUCCGCGUGCGGGGGGCGAUGUCGCAGCAGUUCCGGGCGCAGUUCGUCGGCCCGGCCUCCGAGCGUCUGCUGGACCUGCGGACGGAGAGCGCGAGCUGCCGCUGCCCGGCGGACGAGCUCAUGCUACGGGCGGCGAUCGAGGCGAAACCCGGCGGCUUCGGCCGCUUGGACGAGGUCAUCCUGAAGUUCCGCAGGCAGAUGUUUGCCGCGGAGGAGGCUGCCAUGCUGCAGCAGGCCGAGGUCCGUCGUGCUCGGGAGAGGCGCCGUGCUCUGCUGCCGCAGGCCCCGACGGAGACCUCGGCCUCGGCAGUCGCCCCCUGCAGCGUCGUGAGCGCGAGGCGCGCGCUGCGCAGCUUCGCCGCGGUCCUGCGCGGGCCCGCGUCGGGGUCGGCGUUCGAGGUGUCGCACGGGGCCGCGGGGAUCGACUACUUCGUGUCCCACUCCUGGCAGACGCCGUGGCGCGCAAAGGCUUGGGCCCUGCUGUACACCAUGAGCCUGAUCCCCGCGGUUGCGGUCGCCAUGCUGAGCGACGUCGCCGUUCACGUCGCGACCCGUGUCCUGGGCUUGCGUGGAGGCGUGCUGCACUUCUGCGAGGUGAUCUCGCUCGACGCGCGCACGCAGUAUUGCCUGACGGCAAACUUCAUCGUCGCUUGCAUCACGUUCCCGCUGAUGCUGGUGCUGGCGCCGCACGUGCCGGGCCUGCUGCGCAUGAACUUGUACAUCUCGGUGCUGCGUCGGCCCCGGCGCCGAGUCGCAGCUGGACGCGAUCCGCAACGUGAGUCGCACAUUGCAGAACUCGAGGAGAAUGGUCCUCCUCUGGGAGCCAGAGUAUUUUGA